CUAUAAACGUAAUAUCGUCAGUGAUCGUUUCCAAUAGCGCUGUUCUAGUUUUUGACGUGUUUGACAAGUGUGGAGGUUUAUACCUACAUUGCAUAAGUGUGAUUAACUGUAACCCGAAGCGUUGCAAUGGAGGAUGAGAACAGAAAUAACCGCACAACGGAAGCGACGACGCAGCCGGAUGCUUCGUCGGGAAAGGAAGACUCGGGAAGGUCACAGCUAUUGAGACAAAUACUGACGGCGAUCGGCCCGAUAAUGUCUACUAUAUCGGUCGGCGCUACGUUCGGUUACAGCGCGGUGCUGCUGCCGCAACUGAAGCCUGACUCAGCAGCAACAGCAGAGCGAUUCGGCCCAGCUUCAAACGUGAGCAGCGUCUUCUGGCCAGAAAACGAGCUGAACGAUUACGACAGGGAUCAUCGAAUAACAACGAGCGGCCUCGAGGAGGAAUCUUGGAUCGCGGCCUCCGCGGCCCUCCUGAUGGGCCCGGGUUGCUGGCUGUCGGGUAUCCUGAUGGAGCGACUGGGCAGACGCCUCACUCAGAUCCUGGUGAGUCCCGCGUACGUGAUCGCCUGGCUGACGAUCGGGUUUGCGCCGAAUUUCACGGCCCUGAUUGUCGGUCGUCUCUUGUCGGGCCUCUGCGUCGGCCUCCAGGGUCCUCUGGGCCCGGUUUACGUGGCCGAGACGAGCGAGCCGCGCAUGCGCGGGAUCCUGCUGGCCGGUAUAAGCCUGGCCAUUGCCGUGGGGAUAUUGAUCUCCCACGUCCUCGGGACCUGGUUCUCGUGGCGGGUCGCCGCCCACCUUUGCGCCGGGUUCCCUGUUUUGUCUUUCCUCGCCUGCCUCUUCGCCCCGGAGAGCCCAGCCUGGCUCGUAAAGAAGAAGCGCAUUUCCGAUGCAACGAACGCCUGGCUUUACCUCCGUGGUAAGAACGCGGUUGCGGAACUUCGAGCGUUGGAGCAUCGUUCGUCGGAAUCCCUCGCAAGCUCGACCCGCGGCGGAGUCUGGAAGUCCCGGACGUUUCUCGCGCCUCUAGCGAUCCUCAACGUAUUUUUCUUCGUACAACAGUUUUCGGGCGUGAAUGCGGUCGCCUUUUACUGCGUACAAUUGAUCGCCAACGUUUCAGGACCCGCGGAUAACCGCAACGCGCAUUACGCGACCCUGGUUCUUGACGUCGUUCGCCUCAUCGCCAGCCUGUUUGCCUGCUGGUUGACCCGCCGAUGCGGCCGACGAGUCCUCGCCCUCGUUUCCGGCGCCGGAACGGCGUGCAGCCUCUUCGUACUCGGCGGAGGCCUGCUCUUCGGCCUGGGAAUGCCGUGGCUUCCGGGUUCGAUGCUCAUCGUCUUCGUCUGCCUAGUCAGCAUCGGCCUGGUGCCACUGCCCUGGCUUUUAUGCGGCGAGAUAUUCCCCGUGGCGGCACGCGGCCUCGGAUCCGGCCUCAGUUCGGGCUUCGCAUUCGUUUGCUUUUUCGUCGUCGUCAAGACUGGACCUGAGAUGAUCGCGACUCUGGGUAAUCCGGGAACUUUUCUACUUUACGGAUCUCUGACCGCGGCUGGUACGGUUUUCUUCUACUUCUUCUUACCUGAGACCAAGGACAAAACUCUCGAAGAUAUCGAGGAUCACUUCUUGCGGAAAAAAAACGCUGCCACCGCCGCCGUAGUCGCAACCGCGAAUACGACUCGUACAGUUUAUGAUGACAGUAUGAAGAGAAGUGACCCGUAGUAAAGUAACUUAUAUAUAGUGUAAUUAAUGUAUAUUGUAUUAUAUAUUUAUAUGUAUAUGAUAAUA